AUGCCCGCCCUCGCCCCUCCUUUCUACGGCUCAUGCCCCUGUACCCACAUAUCCUACACCCUAACAUCCACCCCUCUAAUCGUCCACGCAUGCCACUGCACGCACUGCCAGCACGAAUCUGGCUCCGCAUUCGCUCUCAACGCGCUAUACGAGCCCGACCGCGUCAUUGUUCAAGAUGGAAAAGAAGCGGAUAUACUCAGGACGAAUGUCCCGAGUGAAAAGGGCGGUACGUACGCUGCUGGACGGGAUUUGUUGAAGGUUGUUAGGGUGGGGACGAUUGACGGUGGGGUCGGGAAGUUGAGGCCUGAUGCGCAUCUUUUCGUUGGCAAAGAGAAAGGAUGGAUGAAUUUGGAUGGGGAGCGGGUGUUUGAGACGGUCGGGAAGAAAGAAAAUUAUUGGAGUGGGGAGAGUUUGGAGAGGUUUAGGAUUGUUGUAGGGCGGGGACAGAGAUGA